ACCAACCCAAACCAAACCAACGAAACCAACCAACAGCGACGGCAGCAAUGCCGCCGUUCCCCGUGCGCCUCCCGCAGGCGCAGCCGUCGUCGACAACCCGCGCCGCGGCGGCCGCGGCAGCCGCCGUCGGGGCCGUGAUCGCCGCAGUCGCGCUCCGGCGCUACCUCUCCACCUCCCGCCGCCGUCCGUCCGCCUCGGUGGCCAUGUCCGCGCUCAGGAGCAGCAGCAGCAGCAGCGCCUCCGCCGCCACCACGCUCGUGGCGUACGGCAAGUCGCCGCAGGACCAGGAGCUCCUGGCCUCCGCGGCAGGCUCUGUCGCCCCAGGGGAGGGCGGGUCGGCCGGGGAGUUCGCCGUCGCGCUCUCCUACGCGGGCGCGGGGUUCGACGCGGGCGCGUACAUGGGCGCGCUCCGGGCGCGGCGGUUCGGGAGGUGGAUGCUCUGGUCGCCGAGGAUCGGCUCCACGCAGGACCUCAUCGCGCAGAACUUUGCGAAGCUUCCGGUGGGCGUUGUGUGCGUCGCCGACGUGCAGUUCAAAGGGAGAGGCAGAUCAAAGAAUGUGUGGGAAUCGCCACCAGGGUGUCUCAUGUUCUCUUUCACAUCACAGAUGCAGGAUGUGAGGAAGUUACCCCUUAUGCAAUAUGUUGUUUGUCUUUCCAUGACUGAAGCCAUCAAAGAACUAUGCCGUGCUAAGGGAUUACCAGAACUUGAUGUAAGAAUAAAGUGGCCUAAUGAUCUCUAUCUGAAAGGAUUAAAAGUUGGCGGCAUUCUAUGUACCUCAUCUUAUGAAGCAAAAGUCUACAAUAUUUGCACUGGUAUUGGUUUAAAUGUUGACAAUGAGAAGCCUUCCACAUGCUUAAAUGCUGCACUUCAAGAAGCAAAUGCUAUAUCACCGAGAUUGAAACGAGAAGAUGUACUGGCAUACUUCUUCAAUAAAUUUGAAAAUCUUUUUGAGAUCUUUUCAAACCAAGGAUUUCAGGCUCUUGAGGAGCAAUACUAUAACUCAUGGCUUCAUAGUGGCCAGACAGUUGUCGUACAAGAUGCACAUGAAUGCCAGUCUGUAGGCAGUGUCGUCACUAUCCAGGGGUUAACACCAACUGGGUACUUAUACGCUAUUGGCGAGGAUGACAAAUCCUAUGAGUUGCACCCAGAUGGCAACAGCUUUGAUUUCUUUACUGGAUUGGUGAGGAGAAAGAUGGAAGCUUAAGUCUUCGAUACAAUGCAUAGAUAUGUUCAACAAAUUGUACAAAUGAUAGAAGAUGUUACGAAUCGAAUGAGAACAUGUAGGCAUCAGUGCUGCCACCUGCAUCCCAUUAUGUACUUCAAAGCUUGUUCUUGAAAGAAAUAGAAAAAAUAUUAUUGUGAAAGUUCUGUACAGCUGCUUUCAGAUUCUCUCAAACAUUAAGAAUUGCUCCAACCUUCCACUUCAGUUUGUGAUGGCUCCCCGGACGCAAAUAAGGAAAAGACAAACCAAGACUGAACUACGGGCAUGAGUUCAAAUGUCAGGAGGUUAAAGCCGCAAUGGCUGAAGACCCUUUACUUGAAUAAACCAUAGCAAGAGGGCAGGAAAACCAUGAAGCGCCGCUGCUCUGCUGCUGGGCGCAGUAGCUUCAUCCACAGUGUUUAGGGCUUGGUGUAUUUGAAUCAGCCAUCAGGUUCUGUUAUAGCUGUGAGCCUGUGACAUUGCAAUAGUUUUUUGUUCUAGUGAGUUGAGUUUUUUGUUCCCCCUAGUGAGUUGAGUUGGAGAGAUUAUACUGGUUAUUCCAGUGAAUUGAGUGUGAAGGUAUUUGCACAGAAUCCUAACUUGUUUUGACUUUUUAACCAUAUGAAAGGAGAUCC